UAGGUUUUUACUGGAGAGAGAGAGAGAGAGAGAGAGAAUCCGGAAUCUUCUCGUCACCAACCCCUAGUCCCGUACGUCCGUCCCGAGGCCAAAUCCCUUCCUCCCGAACGCGCUUUCUCUCUCUUCUUUGCGUCGACCUGCGCUGGCCUUGACCUCGCCCUUUUCUUUUUCGCCGUCUCACCAAACUUUCGCGGAGGCCGCGCGGGUCAUCAGGCCCCUUCCAGCCUCUACCAACUCCUGGAGAUCAUAUCAAUUUGGCCCAGAAAUCCUUCAAGUCGUCAAGAGAAGAAGGUGCAAGCCAAUCCCGCCAUGGCUUCCACCAACUCAGGUGCAACUCCACCUCCAAAACCUUGGGAACAAGCAGGGAACUCAUCUGGUCCUGCACCUUUCAAGCCACCAUCGUCUGGAAGCACAAGUGAAGUAGUUGAAGCAUCCGGGACAGCAAAUGCAGGAGAAAUUGUUCCUAAUGCUCAGAGGAAUACUUCAACAACAAAUACUCUUGGGAGGCCUCUGCCACCAAGGCCAUGGGAGCAAAGUUAUGGGAACAGCUAUUACAACUCAGGCUAUGGUUCCAGCUUAUUCAGUCCAUAUAGUACACUUGGUGGUCCAUCAUAUAAUAAUGGUCUUUAUGGAAAUAGCAUGUACAGAGGUCUUGGAGGUUUUGGAGGCAACAUGUAUAACAGUGGAUUUGGUGGCCAAUUGGGUCCUUAUGGGAUGGGCAUUGGCGGUCCGUAUGGCAAUGAGGAUCCUAAUAACCCAUAUGGCCCAUCAUCGCCUCCAGGCUUCUGGAUAUCCUUCAUUCGGCUGAUGAAUGGAGUUGUGAACUUUUUUGGUCGGAUAUCAAUCCUUAUCGAUCAGAAUACUCAGGCCUUCCAUCUGUUUAUGUCAGCACUUCUUCAAAUCAUUGACCGGACUGGCUUGUUAUAUGGUGAGCUUGCAAGGUUUGUGUUCCGGUUGCUAGGGAUCAGAAAAAAGCCUAGAAAACACCAACAGCUGGGAUCUUCUGAGCUUUCUGGUAACUCUGAAGUGGGAUCAGAAAAGUACAUUGAGGGCCCUAGAGAUGCUAGCGGUUCGUGGGAUAAUGUCUGGGGAAAUGGUGUCAGAGGAUCCAGCUGAGAGAAACGUAGACAAUGCCAAGAAUGAAACAGGCAUGGGGUAUGUAAUUGAGCAUGGAAUUCAAGAAGUGAUUUUUAAUACAGCAAUGAGUAAAGGUUGUGAUGUAUGUUGAGAGGUAUUGUUCUUGUUUCUAGUCUUGGGCAUGUUCAGAUUAUAAUGGAUGUUCAAGUAAGCGAUUUCUACAUAUUUCUGUAUGGGAGUAAGUUUUUCAACUUGCUUGAACAAAGAUCUAUAAUUCUUCUGUUCUUAAUCAAGGUCUUAUUUCUCCAGUGUG